CCUCUAACAGUCACUCCCUCUUCCCUCUGGGGUUGGUGUGCUUGUGUUUAGUUCUCAGAGAUAGUCAAAUAGGAUUCCUUUGGGAAGGGACACAAAUCACUCCCAUUUUAACAAGAGGAACAACACGGGAUCUGCAGCCACAAGGGUCCUCCUCUUCUUGAUUUCCAAUUUCUUAUUCAUUUCCAUUUGACAGGGAAUAUCUCUGCAAAAGGAAAACAAAGACAGAGAAAAGGAAGAAAAAAACAACUUGUCAGGGGUUGAUGCCAUUUGAUCUAGCACAAUCUGAAAGCUCUAGUUGAUCCCAGAGCCCAUAGAGCAAGUCUCUUUAAUACGGGGGGGAUAUCGUCAAAAACCUCAAGUGAGAUUCUGUUAAUUUGCACUGUCUUGCGUUUCGCUCGUUUGUCUUUUUAUCACUGUUUGAAUUGCUGUUCGUCUCUGACACACCUGGAUUUCGAUAAGUCGUCUUUGGACUCUUUUCGUCUUUUUCGCUUGGUUUGAAGUAACAGACAAGACUGUCACUGGCAUCAACGCGGACCCGGUACUCGCUCGCGCCCACGUUGUUACCCUCUUUUACCUGUGAUUAGAGAAAACACAUUUUGGGACACUCAAACGGAGAGAGGGAGCGCGAUUUUUUCAUGUUUGGGAUUCAGGAGAGCAUCCAGAGGAGUGGGAGUAGUUUGAAAGAGGAACCCAUCGGAUCCGGUAUGAACGCAGUUCGGACAUGGAUGCAGGGAGCCGGGGUGUUGGAUGCGAACACCGCCGCUCAAAGUGGAGUGGGUCUUGCCCGGGCGCACUUUGAGAAGCAACCGCCAUCAAAUCUUCGGAAAUCCAAUUUCUUUCACUUCGUUUUGGCUCUAUAUGACAGACAAGGACAACCAGUGGAAAUCGAAAGGACUUCUUUCCUCGGUUUUGUCGAGAAGGAAAAGGAAUCCACUGGAGAAAAGACCAACAAUGGUAUACACUACAGACUGCAACUUCUCUACAGUAAUGGUAUCAGGACAGAGCAGGACUUUUAUGUGCGACUCAUCGACUCCAUGACUAAACAGGCCAUUAUUUAUGAAGGUCAAGACAAGAACCCAGAGAUGUGCCGAGUGUUACUGACACACGAGAUCAUGUGCAGCCGCUGCUGUGACAAGAAGAGCUGUGGCAACCGCAACGAGACCCCGUCUGACCCAGUCAUCAUCGACAGGUACCGUAACACAGUCCUCCACUGGCUCUGCUACUCCUAG